GAGGCUAAUUAACGUUUGUUAAACUAGACAGUCUUCCUGUAUGUAUUUGUCGCCGAGAUUUAAGCUCCGCUGUUUCAAAUUCACUACGUCUAGCAUUUAUGAGGCGAUUCACGUUUGAAAAAGGUUCGACACUCGCAAUCAUUAAUAUUAAGAGCAGUUCAUUGCGACGCUGAGUUCAAGCUCCGUAUUGCUAAGAUUUAAGCUAAGCUACAUGUUAACACUAACUAGACCUAAAGGGGUCUCUCUCUGUGCAGCUGACACGGCAGAUUAACAUAACGGAAUAGUUGACUUUUGUCAGGCUGAAACAAUCCUGUCUUUGCAAAGAUGUCGUGGUUCAAUCACGUCAGUCAGGGCUUAAAUCAUCAGCAGCAGCAGCAGCAGCAACCGCAUCCCAUUGACGGUGGAAGACUCGCAGGCACAGACAUGCUCAACUCCAGGCUCAGGGGUCCAGCAGAGGGAUUCCCGACCAUGGCAACACAUCACUGGACCGGGAGCACAACAGCAAGCCCGGAUGACUUUCCAUCGGCUCCGCGGGGUGUAUACAGCCCCCCCAGCCUUGGGAACCUGUCCUGCGCCCCUCCGAGUGCGGGUCGGCUUAGAGAGCCGGAGCCCAUAUCCUAUGUGAGCCUCCAGGAGCAGCGGUGCGUCCUGAGCUGGUUCCAGGGCUGGAACGCCGCUCAGAGGGAGCGCUUCCUGCAGGACCUUCUGGGGAAAGCUGUACCUGGGAAAGUGUGCACCCUCCUGGAUUCCCUCAGCACUCUCGAGGUAAAAGACAGACUACCAAACAUCUAUGAAUGCCAGCUGCGCCUGUGGAGUCAGUGGUUUGAGUCUUGGGGAGAGGAGGAAAGGAAUCAUUUCCUGCAUAUACUGGAAGAGCAGGACCCUGUUUUUGUUGGACACUUUUACAGGAGCGUAGCCGGUACAUCAGGACGAGACUGAUGAAUGCUUGUAUUGUAAUGGAAAAGGAAGUGAUUAUAAUAAAUUGUUAAAAGUGUGGACAUUUGUUUGUAAAUGUGUACUGAAACAGAAGUGGGUCUCAUAAGAGAAAUGUCUGUAAUUAUGAUUGGAUGUAUUAUUGCAGAUAAACAUUUCCUUAAAGAAACCA